CAAGCUUCACACAUCGAGGUGCACUCCGAAGGAGUUGAACCUGAACCUUCUACACUGUGCCGUCCGUCCUCCGAAAAUCACCGGGCAGCCCUAAUUCAGCUUGUCUUUGAAGCACAUCAUUACAAGAGGACCUUCCAACACAUAGCAACUUUAUAGACGGGUUGGGAAUUGCCUUUUCUCUACACAAUGAAGCGCAUAGUCCUUCCUGUUACAGCCAGCGAGAACCAUGAGAAGAGUCAGACCCAGACGUCUACACCUGCAUCAUCCAUAGAAGAAGCUCCAAAGGGAAAGCCUCUGCCACGGCAGAGACAGUCACUUCCGCCAGAGUUCAUGGAGAUUGCCGUCCCUUCCCUCCAAAUUGGUGCAGUUGCUGGUGCAUGUGGUCUGUUUACAGGAGCUGCUGCCGGUAUCAUCCGGUCUGCACCCCCAAUACUCUUCUCGGUCGUCGCGGGAGGACAGUGGUUUACCUUGGCUUCUAGCUAUUAUGCGGCUAGGCAGGUUGGGCUGAAAUACUACUGGACCGGCGAGGACAAGGUAAAGGCUAGCACCGUGGCGGGUGGUGUUGCCGGAACUGUGGCUGGCAUGCUCAGGGGGCCGAGAAACAUCCUUCCAGGAGCUCUGAUGUUCUCGCUGUAUGGAGCAGGAGGUCAAGUCUUCGCCAACUGGUGGGCUGCGAGGGCUCCUACUAACUCUCAUGGCGGGUUUUGGUCGAAAUACAACCCCAUCACUAGACUGUCUGACCAAGAUUACGAGAAGAUCCUCGAGGAACAGCUGCUUCGGGUAGAAGCCGACAUAGCCAUCACUGACGACCGCAUCAAGGAGCUUGUCGAGUCCGAAAGCCAGACCAAAGAGCAAGAGACUACGCAAGUAGAGAGGCGCAACCAGGCACUUCCUGGUAAGGAGUGCUAGCAUCCUCAGUACCAGGUUAAAGGACAGACGAACGUCAUCCGAUAAUCACUAUAUCUUGGAAAAGAUCGCGGCCCCCAUGCGUUCAGGGUUCGUCGACCCCCUGAUGGCCCUGCCAUCUCCACAAUGCCCAUCUUUCUCACAUCCUCAUGGCCGUCCGCAAUUACUCGGUCAGAGCAGUCAUCAGGGCCAAGGAGAACUUGCUACGCAAGGUCGGUCCUGGGUUUCACCAUUCCAGGAUCAUCUCGCCGGUCUACCUGUGACCGCUGCCGAUUGUUCACUGGCAGAUGGAUC